UGUCAUUCUGAUAGCGCCCAGACUGUUAACAUGUGACGCCUACGUCACCCCUUUCCAAGUGUACUUAUAUCGCUCCCUCCCACGAAUAAACGCUUUUCGUUACCGGAUCACCGGCUUGCCUACAUGGUGGCAGCGGAGCCCAGUUGAGAUGUCGACGACACCACCCCCGCCUACGACGCUGCCAGUUCCAUCGACUCUACUACCGGCGCCGAAACCCCUGGAUACGUCAGACGACGCCUGGCUUGGUUGGAGAACAUGGAAGAGUGAGUUCGAACUGUUUGCCACUGCUACUCAAUUGACUAAGCAGCCAACCGAUGUGCAGGCAGCAACAUUUCUCGUGAGCAUAGGCGAAGAAGGCAGGAAAGCAUUCAGCACUUUCAAGUUUGACGCGGACGAGGACAGAAAUGACGUCAAAGUUUUGAUCAAGAAAUUCGAGGACUACUACAAGCCAGCAAACAACUUAACCCUCCACGAAUUCCGCUUUGGUUCAAGGGACCAGAAAGAAGGCGAACCAUUUAAUGACUGGUUGAUCGAACUGAAAAUUUUAGCCAAGAACUGUGAAUUCGGACUUCUAGAAGACCGUAUGCUACGCAGCCGUAUCGUUCUAGGCGUCCAAGACAAGCGUUUGCAGCAGAAACUAUUAGCGGAAAACCCUUCUUACCAAAAAACGGUAGAAAUUUGCCGCAUUGAAGAGCAAGGGAAGCAGCACUUCCAAGAGAUAAGCGCAGCAACAGGCGGAGCGCAAACUACGAUAGUGAACUCGGUUGCGAGGGAAAAGAAGCUGUGCAGUAGGUGUGGCUACCAGAUGCAUCUUGGUGGAAAUUGUCCAGCGAGAGGAAAGAAUUGCAGGAAGUGCGGUGCACAGAACCAUUUUGCCCAGGUUUGCAAAUCAGUCGGCGCCACGCAUAACGCCAGCCGUCCAGGAAAAGAGCUACGGGAGGUACGGGCCGAGACAGACUAUUUUUUUUUCUUGCGGGGCUAGCGAUAAACUCGCUUGAAGUUGAUAAAUGGACAGCAACAGUUUACAUCGAAGGCCAACCUGUCACGUGCAAACUGGACACAGGAGCGAACUGUUGCGUUAUCUCCAAAAACGAGCUGGAAAGGUUACCUGCUAAGCCAAAGGAAGCCUGCAAGGUGACUCUAACAGCGUUCUUUGGUCACAGGACUACGGCACAAGCAAAAGUCAAGCUUCUGCUUUACGCUAACAACAAAAAAUGCGAAGAACAAUUUUUCGUCGUCGAGCACGAUGUUCCAGUCACGCUCAGCGGGGCAGUCGCAGAACGCCUGGGGUUUAUAUACCGCAUACAGAAAGUCUCCAGUGAAGAACUAUAUCGCCCAGCCCAACCUUUCGCAGAUGUUUUCAGCGGGCUAGGACAACUGAAAGGCGUGGAGUACUCGAUGAAGCUGAAACCCGGCAGCGCGGGAACCGUCGUGCCUGCUAGGAGGGUCCCCAUCGCCCUGCAAGACAAAGUUCUGGCAGAACUGCAGCGCAUGGAGCAGCAGGGCGUCAUUACAAAGGUAAAUGAACCAACCGAAUGGUCUAGCCACAUGGUGACCGUGGUGAAAAAAGAAAGUGCGUAUUUGCCUCGAUCCAACCGCCCUAAACAAACAGUUGCUUCGAGAAAAUUACCCCAUGCCCACUUUAGAAGACAUAGUUCCGCGGCUGUCCGGGGCAAGAUUUUUUUCUACGCUUGAUGCAGCAUCGGGAUUUUGGCAGAUUAAGCUAACGGAAGAAAGUUCAAAAAUCUGCACUAUGAGUACGCCAUACGGGCGCUAUCGCUUCCUGCGAAUGCCCUUUGGAAUAUCGUCAGCCCCAGAAAUUUUUCAAGCUGCAAUGCAUCGCUUGUUAGACGGUCUACCCGGUGUCGCAGUUGUAAUGGAUGAUAUACUAGUCUGGGGCAAGACAAAGGAUGAGCAUGACUGCAACCUGACACUCGUACUGACGCGCUGCCGUGAGCACAAUCUGCGACUCAACCUCAAAAAAUGCACCUUCCUGCAGGCGGAGGUUCGCUACUUGGGACACAUCCUCACUACGCAAGGCCUGCGGAUCGACCCGGAGCGUGUUCAGGACAUUCUGGAAAUACCCGAGCCUAAGACCAAGACGGCGUGGCCGGAGCACAAGCAUGGUGUCCCAGAGCCGGGAAGGCCAUACUGGACCUACAGGGAAGAAGUUCACGCACAAGAUGGGCUAGUCUUCCGAAGCAACAAGAGGCUCACGGGGCGGCGGACCCGGACCCUCCUGCCGGUACCAACAAUUCACCUGGAGCCAGAGGCCAUACCCAGCAAGGAGGUCCACGACAGUCUCCAGACGAUCCGGCGCCGGCAAAAGAUCCACUACGACCGCAGCGCCAGGAACCUUUCCCCGCUGACUCCGGGACAACGCGUAACGACGUACGACACUCUCCAGAGAACCUGGGCUCCAGCUAUUGUUCUAAGGCCAGCCGCAACGCAAAGAUCUACGAUUGUGAAGACCGAAGACGGCCAUGAAAUCCGUCGCACAAGAGAACACCUGCGGGAGGCAGCACCUCAACCGGAGCCAGAAUCAACCUCGCAGGGGCCUUCAGAAGACGACCUCCAGUCUGGACAACAGCAGUUACGCAGGAGCACAAGAUUGCGUCGGGAACCCUGUCGAUACCCGUUGCCAGAUGAAACUUCUAGACCUUAUCAUCAUUAAAGGGGAGAUGUGGCCAUAUCACUGUCAUUCUGAUAGCGCCCAGACUGUUAACAUGUGACGCCUACGUCACCCCUUUCCAAGUGUACUUAUAUCGCUCCCUCCCAUGAAUAAACGCUUUUCGUUACCGGAUCACCGGCUUGCCUACACAUGCAAAUGAUAGCUAUAUUUUAACACGUGGUCAAAUU